AUGAAAGCAGCCACUGAGCUCACCGUCUUGAUUGCCUUGUUGGCCACAGCUCAAGGCCUGACUUGCCACAAGUGCCUGGGGACCCGAGAGAACUGCACUGACUCAUGGCAAGUCUGCAGCAGCAAUGAGACCGUUUGUGUGGAGGAGACCCGAGCGGCCUAUGGACCCAUAAGUGAGACCCUGAAGAGAGGAUGCAGCACACUUCAGUACUGCCAGUCGUACUUCUCUGUCCGGAGGGGCUUUAUAUCUCGAAGCAUCUACUGCUGCUCCGGUGAUCUGUGUAAUCUCAUCCCCUACAAUGUCACUUACAGCAAAGAACACAACGGCGUUGAGUGUUACAGCUGCAUUGGCAGCCUGGAGGAGUGUGGCGGGGCAGAGAUCCCAACUGCCCAAUGCAGAGGCAAAGAGAAUAACUGUGUCGAAAUUUCCCGCCAGUGGCUACCAGAAACUGGCUCAGUGGAGCCCAUAAUCAAAGGCUGUGCGGACUACCCCAAAGAGGAAAUGCUGUUAGCAUACAGCAUCGGAAGCAGGACCAGCUACGCGGCCAUCCGGGUUUGUGAAGGAUCUAAAUGCAACAACAGGUCUUUCACAGAGCUUCCAGUAGGAGAGCUUAAUGGGCUGGCAUGUUACAGCUGCCUGGAUGCGGGGAACGGAGAAUGCUAUACAGAAAACCUGCAGCCGAUGAACUGCACGGGGACCAUGGACCGAUGCAUGACCAUCACAGACUACGUCCGCCAUUCCAGAAUCCGGGCCGGGUGCGCCAACCAGCAGCUCUGCCGACCCACAGCCUUCUACGGAGCCCUGAUGCCCAAACUGCCUGCCAGUUACGUGGCCUGCUGCCAAGGUCCCUUCUGCAAUGGAGGGCAGGCCCAGGGGCCCAGAAGAGGAUGGGGGGUCCUGCUUGCCCUGCUGGUGGCCCCACUGCUCAUAGCACUGGACUAG